CGCUCAAUGAUAAAUUAGCGUGGCGAAUAUGACCCUACCAUAUGCCGCUACGGGGGCCGCAAGACAGGUGAUACGAAGGAAAGGCGCGAUCAAACUACGGGUGUGUACCAUAAAAGCAGAGACAUGCGGAGGGCAGAGGCACGCAUCAGAGGAGGAAGGAGGAGCGAAUGAGACGCGGGGCGCUGCUGAUCCAAAAAGGAGACGCAACACCACAUGAUGCUUGGGAACAACGUGCCAGCGUCGAAAGGCGCGAAAUGCGCACUUCAAUUAGAACAAACAUUGGUGCUGGGCAAGGGGCACUAUACUUAUCAUGAUUCCGAAUUCAGAACUCAAAAACAAGACUCCGCACCGCGGAGACACUUCCGCAUCCCGAAUCUCCAGCGGAGGAGCCCCGCGCAGCGCCCGCGCUUUGGCGGGAGGGAGGGGGAGGGGCCGACGCGAGGAGGCGGCCGCCCCGCCCUGCCACGCGCAGGGAGGGGCAGCGACAGGGGGGGGCGAGCUGGCCCAGGAGGCGAAACGUCGAGCUGGCAUCGGGCCUUCGCGCAGGGCCUCGGUGCGGAGGGCGGGGGCGGCCCCCGGCCGCAGAGGGGAGGGCCCGCGGCGAGCUCGGCCCCGGCGCGCGCCGCGGCCGGCUCGGCCGGCGAAUUCCUGGCAGGGGGCCAGUGGGCCGAGAGAGGAGGAGGAGGAGGAGGAGAAAAAUGCGACGUCGGGGGCCAGGGGACAGCACGGAGGCGCCCGGCGGCAGCCAGGCGAAGGAGGCCCGUCUCUACUCCGGGCAGCCUGGGCCGCGCGAGCGUGCACGGGCGCCGCGGCCGAGAGGAGCAGCGUCUCUCGGGUCGGCCGGGGCAGGGGGGAAGAUCCGACGCCGCGGGCAAGCUGCCGCAUCGCAGGACAUAGCGCCCAGAGCCUGAAGAUCCUCGCCCAACGCUCGAUGCCUGGCCUUCGUCCGGCCCGACUCUCCACGGCGGGGCGCGCGGGCCCCGGCGCCCGCGCCGCCGCGUGCGCGGGGGGUGCGGCGGCGGCUCUCCCCCCA